ACACCACGCCGGCCUGCUCUGAGGGAGGAGGAGGAAGCCGCUCUGCCGGAGCGGCGAUGGGGAUUUGAACGCAGCUCCGCACGGCCCGGCUCAGAGCGCAGCGGGGUCUGCGUCACGUUCAGCCCCAGUUUGGAUGUACCCUGAUCGGAUCGGGUCUGCUGACUGACUGAUUGGGUGCUGGUUCUCUGGUUGUUGUUGGAGCUCGGAGGCCGGGAGCAGGUCAGGCUCUUUCCCGGUCUGGUGCAGCUGGAGGCGGACUGAGUGUUUUGGUGUUGGACUCGGACUCACACUUUGGACUAAGGGAUUAAGUGAUUAGGGCUCCGGUACCGGGGAGAGGAGGGAGGGGAGGGGGGUGGAUGUGUGUUUCUGCCCCGCAGGAGUCAUCUGGAGUCCGGGCGGAGAAGCGGGGCUGAUGGCGCAACGGUAUGAAGACCUGGCCCACUACGGGCUGGACGGCGUGGGUGGGGGUGUGUAUGGAGACCCACACCAUCACCACCACCACCACCACCACCACGCUGCGGCCGCCGCUGCCCGCUCUCUUCAGGCCGUGCACCUGGCUGCCGCUGCCGCGGCUGCUGGAGGCGGUCCCUACCCGCCGCACCAGUACGCCCAGUCCACCCACACAGGCAGCGGAGGCAUGGGCGCCACCGCGGGGGACACAGUCAAGAGGGACAAAGAUGACAUUUAUGGACAUCCUCUGUUCCCUCUGCUCGCACUGAUCUUUGAAAAAUGUGAACUGGCGACCUGCACGCCGAGAGAGAGCGGCGUGGCGGGAGGAGAUGUCUGCUCCUCGGACUCCUUCAAUGAGGACAUCGCCGUCUUCUCCAAACAGAUUCGAUCAGAGAGGCCUUUAUUCUCAUCAAACCCAGAGCUGGAUAAUUUGAUGAUUCAGUCCAUACAGGUGCUUCGUUUUCACCUCCUGGAGCUGGAGAAGGUUCACGAGCUCUGUGAUAACUUCUGCCAUCGGUACAUCAGCUGUCUGAAAGGGAAAAUGCCGAUCGAUCUGGUUAUUGACGACAGAGACGGAAACAAAUCGGACAGCGAGGACUUCAUCAGGUCGUCGGGGAACAACAUGGAUCAGAUUUCAUGGAGCAGAGAUCACGACGACGUAGCAUCGAUACGCUCGGCGGGGACGCCCGGACCGUCGAGUGGUGGACACACGUCUCAUAGCGGGGACAACAGCAGCGAACAAGGUGAGAAUAUAAACCUGCAGAGCUCCUCUACAGUCCAUUUACACCUCAACCCUGCAGCACAUCCAAUCACUGAUACAUGA